GCCUCCCGGCAGGAAAGGGCGGCCCAACGCGGCCGCCCACCCAAGCUCUAGCUUUCGGAUUCCGGCCCGGGCUGUGCGUGACAGGCGCUGCUGGCGAGCGCCAUGAGCGCGCGCCUGUGCCAGUGACAUCCUCCGGGAUGGAAUGUGGCCCGGUCGCGGGCGAGAGGCCGAAGCGCCCGCGGGACCGCCAGCGGCUUCUGUUCUUCCUACUCGCCGGCCGCUGUGGAAGGCUGGGCGGCCGCGGCGUCCUGGCGCGCCGCUGCCUGUCCGCGCUUCCGGGAGGUCUUGGGAUACUGCGCCCCCGCGUCCUGGCAGCCCGGUGCAGCGCGUCACGUGCCUCCGCGCUGCUCCUCCUAGUGCUCGUGCCCUCCCCACGCCUGGCCGCUGCGGCCCCGCGUCGGCCGAUCGGAGACUGGGAGCGCUCGCGCCCGGUGGCUUCGGCUCCCCUGGCCGGGCGCGGCGGUACGCGGAGGUGUCAGCGGGGCCUUGCUCCGGGCGUCGCCUGUGCCGCAGGCGCCCUCCACCUGUGCCACGGCCGACUGGCCGCCCUCGCUUCCUCGAGGAGAGAGCUGAGCCUCUCUGCUGGGUGCCUGCAGCUGGGGCGGAAAAACCAAGAUUUCACGUCUUCUGGGAAUAGGAAGCUGUACUUUGACACUCAUGCCUUAGUGUGUUUACUUGAAGAAAAUGGGUUUACUACUCAACAAGCAGAAAUCAUUGUAUCUUCACUGAUCAAGAUCACGGAGGCCAACAUGGAUAUCGUCUACAAAGACAUGGUCACCAAGAUGCAACAGGAAAUCACUCUUCAGCAAAUAAUGUCUCAGAUUGCUAAUGUGAAAAAAGACAUGAUUAUUUUGGAGAAGAGUGAGUUCUCUGCCCUCAGAGCAGAAAAUGAGAAAGUAAAACUUGAACUACAUCGGUUAAAACAACAAAUAAUGGAUGAAGUGAUGAAAGUCCGAACAGAUACCAAAUUAGACUUCAAUCUAGAAAAGAGCAGAGUAAAAGAAUUGUAUUCUUUGAACGAAAGGAAGCUGCUGGAAAUGAAGACAGAAAUGGUGGCCUUGCAUGCCCAGCAAGACCGGGCCGUCACCCAGACAGACAGAAAGAUAGACACUGAGGUUGCUGGCCUCAAAACCAUGCUCGAGUCGCACAAGCUUGAUAAUAUUAAAUAUUUAGCAGGGUCUAUAUUUACGUGCCUAACAGUAGCUCUGGGAUUUUAUCGCCUAUGGAUAUAAUAAAGUAUCUAUUUAAAGAGAUUUCUAUUGUUUUGCCUUAAUACCAAAUUGUUGUGCUUUUUUUUCCUCGUUUUAAAUGUUAACCCCAGUUUUUAUUUGAUGAAUAUUAUUUAUUUUAUGCAAAUCAUGGACGUAACCAAGGCAAAGAAGUCAGGAAUUUCAUAAUUGCUCCUUUCGUCUUUUCUGUUUAGUUGACUUUAUAACACUGAGAGGUGGUGGACAAAGCAUGGAAGACUCCACUCAGCUGGAUCAGUGAACUUGGUCUAAGUUGUGGGACAUAUCAACAGUAAACAUUUGUAUAGCUCUGCAAUUUUAAAUCUUUUGUCACAUAGAAGAUUUGGGUCUCCAUUUAAAAGACACGUUGGCUUCACUAAGUGCUGAAGAAUCAUUGAAACUAAACCAAGAGCACCAAGUCCUCUUUAGGUACUGACCCAGUCCUUAACAUCGCCCCAGCCCCUGUGUUAGAGUAUUGUGUUUCAGCUCUAGUUGGUUGGUGUGUUAAUGAUACAGCUGUGCUUUACAUCCAAAGGAGGCCUUUUUCUUUUAAUUUCCAUUGUCUUAGUAAGUUACUGUUAGGGUUAUUUUUUAGAUGCCUUCCAGCUAGCCUAAUGAAGUGUAAUUGUAAUGGGGAUUCUUUGUACCUCCAUACUUCUCUCACUCCCAGCCUCCCUCUCAUUUGAUCCUUCUUCCUGUCCCUCAUGAUUUGAGAGCUAUAAUAAUACUCCACUUGUGGCAUUGCCUGCCUCGAAAACUUGCUAAUUCUCAGCAUGAUGUCUGCUUCAGUUUGUGGGACAAGGUCUACUUCCUCCUGGUUUUCUUCUGCUUUUUAUACAAGGGAGGCAGUCUGUUUUCCUUCUGUAGCAAAAUCUAGAUGUUUAGAUAGUAUAUGCACUUUGUAAAAAGGUCUUUAAUGAAUAUGUCUUUGCUACACAGAUCACAGGCUUUCAAAAUGAGAGAACUAUCAUGCCAAAUAUCCAAAUUUAGGUUGAUUUCUUUGGUGGUUAAAGACAUUCUCAUACCUACCUUACCUCUCUAUAUUUAAAACAAGUACAUUCCUAGAAACAGCUGGGCUUCUUUUGGAGAAGCACAUUUUCUUCUUAUUUGAAUGACAGGCACAUGGGAGAAAAUAAACAUUUUAGAAAUUAUGGCAUUGAUAGCACCUUUUCUGUCUUUCUCCACAUGCCCACAUUACACAUAAUCUGCUACAGUGGAGAAACCACAUGGAGACUUCGCAAUCAAGCUGGUGGAAUAUACCCACCGUCACUGUUCCAGCCACACUGGCAAAAAAGUUGCCUUUUGUCCUUUGGAUGUCAUUUCUAAACUUUGGAAAGUGUAAGUCGUUGCCUUUUUUGAAAACAUUUGUAUAGCACAAAGAUUCUGAACUUCAAAUCAGUAUGAAAAUCAAGUACUUCUGCAUUCAUGGUAUCAGUUUCAAAGUGAAUAAUAAUUGAAUCUUUUUCAACUAGAUCCAAAAUUAUCUUACCUGCUUCAUAAAAUAUUUUAUCCAUGUGUCCUUCCCCUAUCCGAGAAAGGUCCCCAGAAAAUACUGCACAUUUAACAAUUGCCGUAAGUAUUAAAGACUGAAGUAAAUGAGAUCCCAUUAAGACCUUAUUUGCAACUAUUUAAUGUAGUUAUAACUGGUUAGUAAGAGCUUGGAGAAAGAGCCUAGGAGAAAGACACUCUUCCAAAGUAAAGCAUUCCCAAGAGGAGAAAAUACUGUAUAUAAUUAUGUUUCAAAGCAAACACUAACUUGUAUAGGUUAAAAACAGUGAAGUGACCUUACAUCCUGAUAAAAUGUUUUUUUAGAUAACAUUCAGUCGGGUGACAUUCUUUCAUCUACCAAAAGUGUUUCAAAGGACAUGCCUACUGGUGAUGUUGGGCUGCAUCAGUCCCUCACUUAAUUUGGGUCAUUGAUUUUGCUGUCGAGUUCUCUGCCCCUACCUUGGGAACAAUGAACUUUCCUUUGGAUGGAGUGGAUUGUAUGCAUCUGUGGAGGUGAGAAGGGUUAGGGACCAUCUUCCCUAUGUUUAGUCAAAUGUAUUCUAUUUGAAAAAUGUAUGAGCCAAAAAUCCAAGUUUCCCGUUCCCACUGCUGGCCCAGACAUCUGUGAACAGCAUAAGCACGCUGUGACUGGACAUGGUAUGAUUAUUUCUUGAGGUAGGCAGGAUUCAGAUCACUUUAGGAAAUUAGGCAUUAGCACUCAGAAGAUGGACGCUGCCUGGAAAAACUUCCAGAAACCUGUGCCUAGCCCGGGGAAAUUAUCCAUAGCUAGAAAUUAAACACCCCUCUAGGCACAGAUGCCUUAAGGACCAAUGGCUAAGCCGAAAGUCAAAUGUGACAGAAACUUUGUAUUUCCUUUUCAUGCACUAAUUACUUCUUAAGGGUUCCUCUGCGUUCCUACUUUCUUCUCUCCCCUCCCCUGCCCUUUACUGUUUUUGAAAGAACCUAAACUCUUAAUUCCACUUCUUUCCUGCUCCAUUAAUAAGCAAAACCUAUUUGUGUGGAUGGUUUUUUAGAGGAAACAUGAAUUUUGUGCUGGUCUUAUUCCUCAGCUGGUUUUCUAGCUUAAUUAUCUAACCAAACUAAGUCUGAAUGUAUUCAUUUUUUUCCCUUAACUAUGCCAAGCACCUUGGUUAAGAAGUCACACGUUUAGGAAGAAAGGCUUGACUCAAAGCAGACACCUUAAUUUGUCUCUGAACAUUUAAAAACCAAAGUCCUGAGCCACCGUGGACAUGACCCUCCCUGCCUGGGUUGUCUGGAGCUUAGCUUGUGCUUGUCCCCCUCUAGCCCCACUUAGUGAUGUGGUCUUGCCUCUCACGUUCUGGCCUCCUUUCCAGCCAUUCUGCCUGUGAAUUAACUACAUCACUGUUAGCAAGCUUUUCUCUUCCCCCAUCCUAAUAUGCUGUGUUCUAAGAAUUUUGGCAUCAUUUCUGAACAAAUAUCUGAGAGCACUAGAGAAUUCAUGUCUGGCAAACUUUGGCUUUAGCAUAUGUUUAUCAAAUCGUGAUUUUUCUGACACUAAAGUAAAAAUGCGCUAACCACAAAUAAUUUAUUCUUUAUAUAAAAUGUCUGAGAAUGUUUAGCCUUUUAUUGGAAUUUUAUUUGGAAAAUACCUUUCUACAGAUUUACACUUCUGUUCCUGUGAUUAUAACCCAAAGCAUUUCUUAACACUUCUAUUACUUACACAAAUAUUCAAUUUCAUUUUACUGUGUAUUAGAGUAUAACAUUUUUAUUAUCUAAAAUAAAAUAUUUAAUUUUUUC